AUAUAGUCAGAUUUUUCUCUCAGCAGAGAGAAGUAUUUCACUAUUUUGACUCCCGAAAACGAAAAGCGAAACUGCCCCAUUUGAGAAGAAACACUUUAGCAGCAGAGAGGGUUUUCUAUCCGGUACAUUCAGCGUCGAGUGUCGAGUUUCCAGCUAUGGCGAUGAACACGGGGGCGGCCGAUUUGGCUCAGCUUCAAGCCACCAUGCAAGCAAUUGAGGUCGCCUGCCAUGCUAUGCAGAUGCAUGUCAAUCCAGCUGCUGCUGAAGCAACCAUAGUAUCCUUGAGGGAGUCUCGUCGCCCUUACCAGGCGUGUCAAUUCAUUAUAGAAAAUUCUCAAAUGGCAAAUGCAAGAUUUCAGGCUGCUGGAAUAAUAAGACAUGCAGCUCUACGAGAAUGGGGUCUCCUUGAGGCUGAUGUUAGAAGAGGAUUGGUCAGUUUCUGUUUAUGCUUUAUCAUGAAACAUGCUACGCUACCUGACGGUUAUGUCCUGGUGAAGGUUGCAUCACUGGGUGCUCAAUUACUGAAAAGGGGCUGGCUAGAUUUUACAGCUGCGGAGAAGGAAGCAUUCUUCAUCCAGGUGAAACAAGCUGUUAGUGGGGUCCAUGGUUUGGAUGUACAGUUUGUUGGAAUCAGUUUUCUUGAAUCUUUGGUAUCUGAAUUUUCACCCACUACAUCCUCUGCCAUGGGCCGUCCUAGAGAAUUCCACGAGCAAUGCCGGAUAUCACUAGAGCAAGACUAUAUGAAGGGACUCUACAGUUGGGUGCAACAUGCUGCUUUUAAUGUGUCAAAUAGAAUUACUGAAGCCGACUCUGAAAUUCCUGAAAUUAAAGUCUGUUCAGCAGCACUACAUCUGAUGCUUCAAAUCUUGAAUUGGGACUUCCAAAGCAAGAAAGCUGGCGAGAAUUCGAAAAGAGGGUUAGAUGUGUUCUGUGAUGGGAAGCAAGAGAGUAACUCACUCAGAAGGUUUGAAUGUACCUUGGUGCAGCCUGGUCCUGAAUGGCGUGAUGUCCUGAUUUCAAGUGGUCAUGUUGGAUGGCUUCUGAACUUUUAUACUGCUCUAAGGAAAAAGUUUUCCUGUGAAGGUUACUGGCUUGACUGCCCUCUUGCAGUUUCCGCUCGAAAACUUAUAGUACAAUUUUGCACCUUAACAGGCGCAAUCUUCCCAUCAGACAGCGGGCACAUGCAAAGGCAGCACCUUCUGCAACUGCUAGCAGGAAUUGUACAGUGGAUGGAACCUCCAGAUGCUGUUUCUGAUGCAAUAAAAUCGGGAAAGAGUGAAAGUGAACUGUUGGAUGGCUGCCGUGCACUUCUGUCUCUGGCAACUGUGACGUCCCCACUAAUAUUUGAUGAGCUAUUGAAAUCUUUGAGGCCUUAUGGCACCCUUACUUUAUUAUCCGCCGUGAUGUGUGAAGUCUUUAAAGACCUUAUGACAAAUCACACAGAAGAGGAUACAUGGAGCUCGGAGGCACGCGAUAUUUUACUGGAUACUUGGAUCGUCCUUCUUAUGCAGUUGGACGCGAGUGGACAUAAUCAUUCACUUCCAGCUGAAGGCAUUAGUGCUGCAGCCGAUCUCUUUGCAGUGAUUGUAGAAUCUGAAUUAAAGGCCGCUUCUGAAUCAGCCUUUAAUGAUGAUGAUGAACAUGAUUAUCUUCAGGCUUCCGUUACUGCUAUGGAUGAGAGAUUGAGCUCUUAUGCUCUUAUUGCUCGAGCAGCUAUAGGGUCCGCAAUCCCUCUACUUACCAAACUUUUCUCAGAGCGUAUCAUGAGGCUUCAUCAGGGCAGAGGCAUAAGUAACCCAACUGAAACAUUAGAAGAACUUUAUUCUCUCUUACUCAUAACUGGGCACGUGUUGGCUGAUGAAGGACAGGGUGAAACCCCUUUGGUGCCAAAGGAGAUUAAAAGCCAUUAUGCUAACGUAUUGGAGAUGGAUAAACACCCAGUUAUCAUGCUUUCUGGUUCAAUUAUAAAGUUUGCUGAACAAAGUUUAGAUCCAGUAGUGAGAACAUCGUUUUUCAGUCCUCGACUCAUGGAGGCAGUUGUGUGGUUCCUUGCAAGAUGGUCUUUAACGUACCUGAUGCCAUCCGAAGAAAGUGUAGAACAUAGAAGCAGCUAUGAAAAUUGUAAUGAUGCCCUACUUCGAUCUAAGCACCCUACAAAUGCGUUGUUUAGUUUCUCUGGAGAGAAUGAUCGAGGAAAAAUUGUCCUUGAUAUUAUUAUUCGAAUCUCUUUGAGUACACUUGUUUCAUACCCUGGGGAGAAGGACUUGCAGGCACUCACAUGUUACCAGUUGCUUCAUGGACUUGUUAAACGGAAGAGCAUUAUUACCCACCUUGUUACUUUGGACUCAUGGCGUGACUUAGCAAAUGCUUUCGCUAAUGAGAGAGUUAUUUUAUCAUUAAAUGCUGCUCACCAGCGUUCGUUAGCUCAGACACUUACUGUGUCAGCUUGUGGCAUGAAAACUCCUGAGUCAUCGAAUGAGUACAUAAGAAGUCUGACAAGUCAUAUGACUGCCUACUUGGUGGAAUUGUCGAGCAAGAAUGAUCUCAAAGCCAUUGCUCAACAGCCUGAUAUUAUUUUGUUGGUUAGUUGCUUGUUGGAAAGGCUUCGUGGAGUUGCCAGAGCCUCAGAACCUCGUGUACAGAAUGCAAUUUAUCAAAUGGGGUUCUCAGUGAUGAACCCCGUCUUGACUUUUCUUCAAACAUACAAAGACGAGUCUGUAGUUGUCUAUCUUCUACUCAAAUUUGUCACCGAUUGGGUGGAAGGCCAAAUCAUCUACUUAGAGGCUCAAGAAACUGCGGCUGUGGUUGAAUUCUGUAUGCGUUUACUACAGCUUUAUUCAGCUCACAACAUUGGCAAGAUUUCGGUUAGCCUUUCAAACAGCUUACGUACAGCAGAUGCAGAUAAAUAUAAGGAUUUACGGGCGCUUCUGCAACUUCUCUCAAAUCUAUGUUCAAAAGAUCUGGUUGAUUUUGCAUCCGAACCCAUAGAGGCUUAUGGUACAAAUAUUUCUCAGGUAGUAUAUACGGGUCUUCACAUAAUAGCUCCUUUGAUAACUCCGGAGCUGCUGAAAUACCCUAAACUUUGCCACAGUUAUUUCUCAUUGCUAUCACAUCUGCUGGAGGUUUAUCCUGAAAUUAUCGAGCAGCUUAGCGUUGAAGCCUUCAGUCACAUACUUGGAACUCUUGAUUUUGGUCUUCAUCAUCAGGACGUUGAAGCUGUAGAUUUGUGCCUAAGAGCUGUGAAAGCACUUGCAUCACACCAUUACAAGGACAGAGGUGCUGGUAAAAUUGGUUUAGGAUCACAUGCUACAAGUUACAAUGACCCUAAUGGAAAUUUUCACGAAAGCGUUCUCAGUCGGUUACUUCGCUCGUUGAUGCAACUUCUUCUUUUUGAGGAUUACAGCACCGAGCUUGUUAGCUCCGCAGCUGAUGCGCUUCUUCCGUUGAUACUGUGUGAACAGAGUGUUUAUCAGAAAUUAGCAAGUGAGUUGAUAGAAAGGCAGACGAACCCAGUAUUUAGAUUUCGGUUAAGGAAUGGCUUCCAAUCACUCACAACUUCAAAUAAUCUUUCUUCAACACUUGACCGCAUAAAUUACCAGAGGUUCAGAAAAAACUUGCACAGUUUUAUUGAAGACGUUUGGGGAUUCCUCCAUAUCGUAUAAGACAUGACAACCAAAUCUCACAGAAGUUCGUGGAUUUCGCACAGUUUUGAUCUCUUGGCUUAUACUUUUGUACGCUAAUGGUGACAAAUAUGUUGGCUGUUUUUAAGUCUUACAUUUUUGCAACGGCAUCCUUCACUUCUCCCUCGAUUUCUUUAGUGGUUUUUUCGGGUUUUUGUUUCCAUGAUUUGGUGAUGUAUAUUACUCUCGUGUUAUGGACGUUUUUGUCAUUACCACUGCUCUUCAAAAGCAGUGAAUUUGAAGUUUCUUGGAAGUAAAUAACACAAGGUGAAUAUAUGCAGUCAUAUAUGGCUAGAAUAAUUGCUUUGCCAUUUUAUAUUUGGAUGUUGAA